CUCCUUCCGGCUCCCGGCGCUUGUGGAGCCGCGGGUUACGGUGCAGACAUGGCCAAGUCCAAGAACCAUACCACUCACAACCAGUCCAGAAAAUGGCACAGAAAUGGCAUCAAGAAACCCCGAUCACAAAGAUAUGAAUCUCUUAAGGGGGUAGACCCUAAGUUCCUGAGGAACAUGCGUUUCGCUAAGAAGCACAACAAGAAGGGCCUGAAGAAGAUGCAGGCGAACAAUGCCAAGGCCGUGAGUGAACGCGCCGAGGCUAUCAAGGCCCUUGUAAAGCCCAAAGAGGCCAAAAAACACAGGAUCCCAAAGGGUGCCAACCGCAAGCUCGAGCGACUUGCCUUCAUUGCCCAUUCCAAGCUGGGGAAGCGAAUUCGUACCUAUAUGGCCAGGGGUCGCAGGCUUUGCCGGCCCAAGGCCAAAGCCAAGGCCAAGGCCAAGGCCAAGGCCCAGGCUGCAGCUCCAGCUUCCACUCUGGCAAAAGCUCCUACCCAGGCACAAGCUCCCAAAGGUGCCCAAGCCCCUGUGAAGGCCCCAUAGUAAAGGCCUCUGUCUGCCAUUGUGAGGACAAGUGGACUAAUGGGACCCCCCUGGCUGUCAUCUGCAGGGUGGCUGGUGUCUAUGCUGUUUCUACAAAUAAAUCUGAAGCA